GUGAUUAAUAGUUGCAGGCUUGGCUUUGGUUGGAGGGGUUGCGGGCGUUCAGGUUAAGCCCUCCCUCCUGCUCCUCUCUCUCUCUCUCUCACACACACACACAUGCACAGACACACAGACACAGUUCCCUUCCUAAACUUGUCACUCACACCCCAGCAAAGUCUUUAAAAGUCUUUUCUGGACUUCAGCGCUUCACAGCAAGGAAGCUGCUGGCUUCAGAAGCAACAGAAGUGAAGUCCUCCUGCUGACGUUUAUGGAGCAUUUCCCUGGACCUCCUCAGCCAACAAACCCAUGACAGAGCAAAAGGAAAAAGCUGGAAAGUUUUCUUUUCACCGGAAAGGACCUGAUUCUUUUGGGGUUGGUUGGAGUGCUGAACAAAAUCAACCUUACAACGGGAAUUUAUUUGGCGAGCAUCUUAUGAUAGAAAAGUUCUGUGCUCCUAGAUGGAUCCACCUGCCGCCGGGAGCUGUAUGAGAAACUCUCACCCUACGGCCACCCUCUGGGGAUGCUUGAGGAACCCCCAUGCUGAGGUCGGGGGAACAGCAGGCCUUCACCAUUACUCACAACCCCCCUUUUCAUUCCAUCACAAACCAGACUUGGGGGGUUAUUCGGACUUUUCCACCUCUUGCUUGGCUGCGGCCCCUCAAAGCCAUCCCCGGGAUGAGCGGGCUUUUGUUGAUCAGCAUCAUCUCUCCUUCCAGAACUCCGCCUGGCAUUUCACGGCUCUAGAGGGGAGAAGGCGGCUUCCUGCUGAAUUGGCUCAAGGGACAGGAGAACCUGAGAGUGGCAAUGUGGUGGAUACAUCCAUAGGAACAGGUGAAGACUACAUCUUAGCAGGGAAUGCAGUGAGGGAAAUGGAGAAGAAACUAUCCCGGAGGAAAAAGGGGAAUGCAGAGAACCAGGACACAGGUGGAGGUGGCAACAGCUCUGCUUCCACUACCACAAAAGCAGAAGCCAAUAGCUCCAAAGCACGGAAGGAGCGCACUGCCUUCACAAAGGACCAGUUGCGGGAAUUGGAGGCAGAAUUUGCACACCACAACUAUCUGACGAGGCUCCGAAGAUAUGAGAUUGCAGUGAAUCUGGAUCUGACGGAAAGACAGGUCAAAGUAUGGUUUCAGAACCGCAGGAUGAAAUGGAAACGUGUGAAAGGUGGACAGCCGGUGUCACCUCAGGACCACAACAUGGAGGACAUGGACUCUGCUGCUUCCCCCAGCUCAGAAUAGUCCCUUCUAAAGUGGCUCUGAAGAUUGGGAUCAACCACUUGUUGCAUCAGUGUCGUUUCAGAUCAUAUUAUCUCCUUCUAAGACUGUCAUGUGACUUUGACCAAGGAAAGAGGGAGGUGGAGUUUUAGAAUACCUGCUUUGCUUUCCGAGGUAGCUCUGAUCACUGUCAUUCUAGGAUUGGGUUACGUUUGCAAACAACUCAAAGGAAAACAGAGUUAAAUUGUGUUGAAGUGGAUUCCCAAUAUUUCUAUGAUAAUGACAUACCAUUUUUACAGUAGAGAAAUCCACUUAGACAGUGUCAUAAUUUCAUAUGUCUUUCCUUUCCAGGUUCAUGUAAAGAAACAAAAGUAAUACUGAAAGGCAUGACAUUGAUUGAUUGGUCACCUGUGAUGCCACCGCAAUGUUCUUGUACAGUUAAUAUUUAGAGCACUACAUCUUCCUUUACAACAACAACAACAACGAAAAGUAGGGUGUUUGUGUGAAUACAAUCAACAAUUCAGUGCCUUAAAAUGAAGAGUGGGGAAACUUUCAACCCUUUUCAUCUCUAUGAUUCAGAUUCCCAUUCAGCUAUGGAAACCCAUUGGGCGACCUUGUGCAAGUCACACUCACCCUGAGAGGAAGGCAAUGGCAAAUCCCUUCUGAACAAUUUCUGCCAAGAAAAACCCAUGAUAGGUUUGCCUUAGGGUUGGCAUAAAUCAGAAAUGGCUUGAGGACACACAACAACAAUGUGGCAGAAGCCUUCAGUCAGUAAAAGGAAGACCUACAAAACUAGCACUUACAUUAGCAGUCAAUACAUUUUGAGUCUAGUGAGGAGUGAGAAGGGGAGAGGUAAAAUGUGCCUAGAUCAAUCUCUCCCUUUCAGGAAUGUGCCAUUGGUGCAGACAAGCCUAGGAUUCAAGCAGCUAUGGUUUCACUUGGGGUGAUCACAAUGUAAUACAAAGAAAGGAUUCCCUGAAAUGCACAGGCAAGAGGCCACUAUAGCUAAGUGGCCUCUUGCCUGUGAUCACAAUGUACCCAGGUGCCACUUCUGUGUAAUGUUUUUGAAGGCUUUGGUGUAUCAAGCUAAUAGCCAUUCUUAACCAUGCAAACCCUUUCAUAUUGAGUAAUAAAUAAUAGAAUUAUCACUUUUCAACAAGUGAGAAAAUAUAAAAUCUGGACUCCUGAAUAUGUCAGGAUUCACCAGCAUUUAGCCUAUGAUUAAUGGGUGAUGUGUUGGUUUGAAAUGUGUGUUGUUGUCUGACUUGAUGUUUCUUAAAAAAUCAAUUGUAGAUCUCAAGAGCUUCCUUAGAAAGGAUACAAAAUGGCCAUGUUGUGAAAUAGUUCUGCAGAUUUCUGAGCCUUAGCAUUUUGAUUCUUCUUCUGUUUGUGGUCCAACCCUUUUUCUUUUACGUAGCAGUGAUGUCUACAUUCAGUCACCGGAAUGAUUUUGUACUAAUAAAUUAUAAAGGCCCUCCCUGCUGCAUGCUUGUGGACUGCCUUUGAUCAUUA